GAAGAAAUGGAUACUUCUCCCUCCAAAAAAUAUCCUGUUAAGAAACGUGUUAAAAUACAUCCCAACACAGUGAUGGUACAAUAUACUUCUCAUUACCCCCAACCAGGAGAUAGUGGCUAUGAAGAAAUAAAUGAAGAUUAUGGAAGCUUUAUGGAGGAAAAUCCAAAGAAAGGACUAUUGAGUGAAGUAAAGAGAAAAGGAAGAACUUUCUUUGGGGCUAUGGAUAGUCGAACCCCACCAACUGAAAACCCAAAGGCCAAUGAAACUGAACAAUUCCGGAGCUUUGCAGACAGAAAUAUUUUUCAGUCUAGAAAGACUUGGAUAGUGUUGUUUGGAUCUGCUUUGGCUCAUGGAUGUGUGGCCCUUAUCACUAGACUUGUUUCUGAUCGUUCCAAAGUGCCAUCUCUAGAACUGAUUUUCAUUCGAUCUGUCUUACAGAUAUUUUCUGUGUUAGUUGUGUGUUACUACCAGGAACCCCCUUUUGGACCCAGAGGAUAUAGACUGCGACUCUUUUUCUAUGGUGUAUGCAAUGUUAUCUCCAUCACUUGUGCUUAUACGUCUUUCUCAAUAGUUCCUCCCAGCAAUGGAACCACUAUGUGGAGAGCAACAACCACAGUAUUUAGUGCGAUUUUAGCUUUUUUGCUGGUAGAUGAACGAAUGGCUUACAUUGAUGUGGCUACGGUUGUCAGCAGUAUCUUGGGUGUUUGCCUUGUCAUGAUCCCCAACAUUGUUGAUGAAGAAAACUCUUUGCUGAAUGCCUGGAAAGAAGCGUUUGGGUACACCAUGACAGUAAUGGCUGGAUUGACCACUGCCCUUUCUAUGAUAGUAUAUAGGUCCAUAAGGGAGAAGAUCAGUAUGUGGACUGCCUUAUUUACCUUUGGUUGGACUGGGACAGUGUGGGGAGUGUCCACUAUGUUCAUUCUUCAAGAACCUAUCAUCCCAUUAGAUGGAGAAACUUGGGGAUACCUCAUUGCUAUAUGCAUCUGUUCUACUGCAGCUUUCCUGGGAGUUUAUUAUGCACUGGAUAAAUUCCACCCAGCUUUGGUUAGCACAGUGCAACAUCUGGAGAUUGUCGUGGCUAUGAUCUUACAGCUUCUAGUGCUACACAUUUUCCCCAGUGUCUAUGAUGUCUUUGGAGGAGCAAUCAUCAUGAUCAGUGUUUUUGUCCUUGCUGGUUAUAAGCUUUAUUGGAGAAAGUUAAAAAGAGAGGACUAUCAGGAGAUACUAGAUUCUCCUAUUAAAUGA